AUGGCUGACAAAGGAAAAGACGCGAAGGACGAGAAGAAGGGCGAGAAGAAGGAGGAGAAGAAGGAGGAGAAGAAGGACGAGAAGAAGGGCGAGAAGAAAGACGAGAAAAAAGACGAGAAGAAAGACGAGAAAAAAGACGAGAAGAAGGGCGAGAAGAAGGAUGAGAAGAAAGACGAGAAGAAGGAUGAGAAGAAGGAGCCAGAGAAGGAAAAGGCAAAAUCUUUUCAGCCGAAAGACCAAGUGGGCACACGGAAAGGGUGUCGCCGCUACAAGUGGGAAUUCAAAGACAGCAAUAAGGAAUUCUGGGUGAUGGGACACGCAGAGGUCAAGAUCCUAAGUGCAGGCUGCCUGGUAGCUGCGAUGAUAAUGUUCACGGGGAUCACCAUACACCCCAUCAUCACGCUCAUCCUUACCAUGGAGCUGUCCAUCUUCUGCUUCUUCUUCAUCAUCUACACCUUCGCCAUCAACAGAUACCUGCCUUUCAUCCUGUGGCCCAUCUCUGACAUUCUCAACGACCUGUUCUCCUUCCUCUUCCUUGUGGGGGCCCUGGUCUUUGCAGUGAGAAUCCGACAAACCAUGCCACUGCACUACUUCAUCGCCUUGAUCCUUAUUGGCCUGGCUGGAAUUUUUGCUUUAAUCGAUAUUUGUCUUCAGAGAAAACACUUCCAAGGCAAGAGGAUGAAGAAGAACGUGCUGGUUCCUCCUCCGCCAAAGGAGAAAGCAGAGCCGGCGAAGCCAGACGCCGGCGCGGCAGCGAAACCAGAGGCGGGGAAGCCCGAGGCAGCCAAGGCCGGAGCCGCCAAGCCCGAGGCCGCCAAGCCCGCUGCGGUGGCCGCCCAAGGGGCCCCGAAGAAGGGCAAGAAAUGA